AUGAAUAAACAAAACUUAUAAGAAUUUAAAAUAAACAUAUGUUAAAAUACUUUAUGUUAAGUUAGAUAGGAUCAUGUUUUAUCAUUAUAAUAUAUGAUUUAAUGCUAAUAUUAUCAUAAUAAUAAUGACAAAAGAAGAGACAGUAAUAAUUAUAAACCAAUAUUGACUAAAACAAUAAAUCAAAUGAUUUUUGCAAUAAUAUUAUUGAAUAUUUGUAUCAUCCUCGUAAAUACGGUACUCUUCCAUGCGAUUUUUUAAAGUAUAAAUAAAAAGAUAUAAAACACUAUCAGAUCUUAGAAUUGCAAUGCUAGACAUUGUCCAUUUAAACAUGAUGAAUUUCAAAUAAAAUAAAUAUUUCAAAAUAAAAUAUUCACCAAACUAAAUUAGAUCAUAGAGAGCAUAUCAAAAGAGAAUGAUGGAUGAUAUAUAUUAAAAUAAUUAGUUAUUAUUUAAUUCUAAAAAAUACAUUCAACAUAUAGAGAUAAAUUAAUUUCAAGACUUGAAACUUGAAUUUAAAUAAUUUAGGGAGAUUAGAAUGGAAUUAAUAAAGAAUUACAUAUGUGCAUUUUUAAAUUCUUGAGGUGGAAUCUUAUAUAUAGGAAUCAAUGAUAAAGGAAUGGUUUAAGGAAUAAAAAUGACUAGAAAACAAAUAGUUGACUUUCAAAUCGAACUUGAUAAUAAUCUUAGACAUUUUGAUUCAAUAGUGUUUCCAGAAUAAAUUGAAUUAAUGUCUGUACCCAUUUACAAAGAUGAACUAAUAAUUAUAUAAGAUUUAUUUAUUAUAGAGAUAAAAUUUAAUGUUGUAGAUAAAUAAUAAUUAUAUUUCACAAAUUUAAAUGAAGCUUACAUUUAAAGAAAUGCAACAAUUAAUUAAUUAAAACCUAAAGAAAUAAAGUAAUAUUAUAUAUUGUAUAAAUAGAGAUUUAGUACUUCUUAAAUUAAUGAAUUAAUUUUAUAUUUGUACAUAUUAAUUGAUAUAAAAAUAAUACUAAUCAUAAAGUUUUAAAUCAUAGAAUUGA